CGCAGCGCGCGGGAGACCAUGUCUGGGGGCAGCAGCUGCAGCCAGACCCCAAGCCGGGCCAUCCCGGCCACUCGCCGAGUUGUCCUCGGCGACGGCGUGCAGCUGCCGCCCGGGGACUACAGCACCACCCCGGGCGGCACGCUCUUCAGCACCACCCCGGGAGGGACCAGGAUCAUCUACGACCGGAAGUUCCUGAUGGAGUGUAGGAAUUCACCUGUGACCAAAACACCCCCGAGGGAUUUGCCCACCAUUCCCGGGGUUACCAGCCCUGCCAGUGAUGAGCCCUCCACAGAAGCCAGUCAGAACCACCUGCGCAACAGCCCAGACGAGAAGCCAGUGGGCAAUGAAGAGUCACAGUUUGAGAUGGACAUUUAAAGGACCAGCCGGCAAACUGAGCAAGCCUCUGGGCCCUUCUGGCCCUUCUUGGGAUAAGAGUCCCACCAGCCAGGCCUUAGGAAAAGUUCUCAUCCUGGGCCUGUGGUGGGUGUGGGGUUGGCCAACCCAGCCCUCUGCUCGCUCACUCAGGGUACCUGCUCCUCUUCCUCUUCGUGAACACCAGCAGAUACCUCCAUGUGCCUCACUCAUGCAGGAGCUGUCACCCAGGGGAGUGACUGAACACACCCUGCAGCCCAGGGCCCGGAAGCAGAUUCAGGAGCUUUCUGAACUGUCAUCUGGCUCUUCUAGCCCAUCCUCUUAGGGCACACCCACCCCUUCCUGAGGUGCUGGUGUAAGGGAAGGCUUCCCUCCCCCUGCUUCCCCAAGACAGGAAUAAAAGCCAUCUUUGCCCUAGGGCCAAGAGUCAGCCCUGUGUGAGCUCUUUUCAAUUCCAUAUACAUAACUAACACCAACUGCUAUGUAUAGGGUGCUAAUUAAGCCUUUUCCUGUACAUUAUCUCAUUUGACUCUCGCACUGAUCCUAGGAGAUAAGUAGAGCAAAUGUUAACCUCAUUUUACUGCUUAGGGGACUGAUGCAGAGAAGUUAAAAUCACACAGUGGUAAAUAGAGAGAGCACUGGCCCUGUGUCCUGGUCAGAUGGGACUGUGCAGCUGUUCAGUGGUGGGUACCACCUCUCUUCUGGGCUGGCUGUGCCCCCACCAAGCCUGUCAAGUGACCUAGUCACCUUCACCCCUGGGGAAAGGCUGAGCCUCGGACAAUGUUUAUCGAGUGAUCCCUUCAUGUGGGUUGUCACGAGGGACACAAGCAUGAGGCAAGCUCUCUGCCUCCAGGAUUUCAUUGAAAUGCAAGUUUGCUCUUAGAAAAGGUAGCAUAAAAAAGAUGAGGUAGGAUUGGUUACCGGUGAGUGGUCCGUGCAAGGGGAAGCUUCGUGGACGUGACACUUGCCACUGGGAUCCUGAGCAUGGUGUGCUGCAUGAAGGGGGGCUGAGGCUGCCAAGGUCAGGUGGUCCUGGGGAAGCAGGGUAGAGGAGGACAGGACAUAAAGUUGCCCACUUUGGCAGUUUGUAUGGGUGGGAAUGGUUUUCAUAAAGGCUCAGGUUUCCGUAGGCUUUGCUCAGAAGAAGCAGGUGUUUCUCAUCUCAGGGUGUGCUGGGGAUAAAUGGCCUCUGAUCCAGAGGCAAUGGCUGAGUUGGACUUUACAAAUCUGGACUUACUGCACCUGUCAGGCUGCCAUUUGGGGAGCAUCAGGCCUUAGUGGCCAAGUGCCCUGCCUGACCAUUUCUGUAAAUGAGUUGGAGUCCACCUGCCUGGUGAUGGUAUGUGAAGGGACCCAGCCGUGAUGGCAUGUUGACUCCAAGUACAGGUGGAAUGUGCAAUUGUGGAGGGGCCACCACAGGAGUAAAGACAACUGAAGCCCCAACCAGAACCAAAUGAGGAAUCAGAUCAACUUACCCUAUCCCUUAGCUUUCUAGUAAAAGCCUAUCUCUCUCCCCUCCUGACAUCCCACCGGAGACUGUGCUCUCAAGUCUGCAGUUUAAAAGACAGUAAAUAAUUGGCUUCUCUGGUAGUUCAGGGUCCACAAAAAGAAAAAUUUUCACAAGUCAUACAUUUUUACCUCCAAGCAAAAGCAUACUCCAGAAAACCCAGGUAUUGAGCCUCUCUGGUGGUGCAAGGGGUUAAUUCGCAGCGCUAUGAAGCUAUCCGCAGCCAUUGCAGUACAGCAGUUUAAUCCCAGCUGGCCAGGGAGCUGACCCACAUGGCACAGCCUGCUGCUCCCGUCAGCUGUGUAUCUCAGUAGAUCCUCCUGUUCCCCACUCUGUCUCUGGUGAAUCCUCUCACCACCUGCACCUCUGGCCUAUACCCCAGUUCUUGUAUGCAUAAAUAAAUCUUAAAAAAAAAAAAACGUUAUUUUUUCAGCAUCAGUUGAUGGUUGCUGUGGAGUGGCAAUGCUCAGUGACACUGUGUAAGUCUCAUUGGCUCCAGCCCCACAUCUGAAAGCUUUUGCAGAGAUACUCUAGGAAACCAUCAUAUUUUGUCCUGUCCACCCUUUGAUAUCACCAAAGCACUGUUUUUAUAAUUGGGGACCCAAUGAUAACAGACAGGUGCCACGUGCUGUGAACCAGGAAAUAAGUGUCACAGGGUAUGGUGUGUGCCUCCAAGUGGCUUACAGUCUGAUCUGGAGAUGCAAGACACUAGGAAUAGUAAAGGGUACCCAGGAAUGUCAUAAAGCAAUGCGAGAUUAUGCAGUGUGUCAGGCAGUGUUAAGGGAAUCAGGUCUGAGAAGACCUCACAGGGGAGGAGGGACCUGAUGGGACUGGUGAGAUUUUAAUUCGGGGAGGGUGUUCCAGGGUCAUGAAUGUUUAGGUACAGGGGUUAGGACAGCAGUGUGGCUGGAGGAGUGUCAAAGCUGUUGGGUUUUCCAUACUUAACAUGAAGUCCAAACAGGUCAGUCAGGAUGGCAAUAGGCUCUACUGGGGAAGGAGGCUUGAUGAGGUGAAAGGAGGAGAGACGUGUCAUGGAGGUUUUAUAUCUGGAUGACCCAAAAGAGAGAUCAGAAAGGAAAUGCAGGAUAGGAGUUGUGCAGAGUAAACAGAGAAGGCCAAAAACGGAACCCUGGGGAAUGUUCCCAGUGAGUGCAGGGACCUAGCUUCCAGUGGUUUUCCAACCUCCACAUUGCUGUUGGCACAGCUGCGGGCAUCCUUCCAACUCCCAGGUAGCCGGACAGGUAAGGAUUAGGCCAUCUUUCUUUCUCUUGGCACCUUUGAGUGUGACAUUCAUCUCUGACAUGACUCAAGGAAAGGCCCAAGGACGUGGCCAACCUAGAUGUCCCAUGAAAACCAGUAUUUCAGGAAGGGCAGAGUUCAUCAACAGACCCAGCUAGUGAUCUUUUCCAACUAAAACCAACCUCAUUCUGAUUUAAAGAGCAUUUGCUAGACCUUGAGGCAUUUUAAGGCAAACAUCUGAGAAAAAAAUCAAAUAAUCCAAGAAGACAUGAUUAGGUGCAAAUAAAAGGAGUGAUAGAACAGUAGCAGCUAAAGAUUGUGAAUGAUAUGUAAACUGUAGGGAGAGCUGCAGGAGCCAAGGCACGGUGUCUGGAUGUUAUGUUAGGCUGAAGUGCUCUGGGUAACACAAGUUAAAUUUAGACAGUGAAGGAUUACAUUAUUGAAAAAACAGAAAAAGGAUUGACUGAAUGCCUUCUGUAUGUCUGGAGCUUUAGUUCAAUCUUACUUUCGGUCCCCCCAAAACAAAAGUAUGUGUUUUUAUUCCCAUCUUACACAUGUCUGGAGCUAGUGCAUGUCAGAAUUAGCUUCCAACUUCUGUCAGUACAGUUCUGAAAUCAAUUAUUUUUUUAAAUUUUAUUUAUUCAUGCAUACAAGAGCUGGGGUGUCAGACAGUGGUGCAGGGGGUGGGGUGGUGGUGAGAGGAUUCACCAGAGACAGAGUAGGGAGCAGAACAGGCAGGUUGACUGAAAUACACUCCUGAGAGGAGUAGCCAGUGAGACAGGAGAGAUCUGCUGUGCCAUGUGGCUCCCUGGCCAGGGAUUGAAUUUGUGCUGCAGUGGCUGUGGACAGCUUCAUAGUGCUGAGACUUAACCCCUUGUGCCACCAGGGAGGUCCCUCAGAAUCCAUUCUUUACAACACCACAUUGGUUGUAACUCGGGUUUGAGCUAUUUCAAUAAUGAGAUAGGCAAAUAUAAUAGCAAUUUGAUUGAGGCAUUAGAACAGGGCAGUGACAGAUUGAUGUUAAGGUAAAUCAGGUAAGGGAACUAGAGCCAGGAAGUCAUUCAGAUGUUCUGUGGAUGGGUUAGAAAUAGUGGAGUUGUGGUGGGGGUGAAAGCAAAGGAGUAAAAGAAGAUUGAUUGCAGUCUCAGUUAUUCUAGGAUUAUUUACUGAGUGUCUGCUGUGUGCCUAAGUGCAGGGAGUGUUCUAGCAAACAGAGAUAGAGCAAUGGACUAAAUAAAGCCCUGCCUCCCAGGGAACUGACCUGGAGAGGUAACAUACCUUCUGGGAUUCAGACCAGGUGUGAUUCUUGCUUUGUGCUUUCAGCUUUCAUUGCUGAAAUAAUUCUGGUGCAGAAGUUAGCAUGGCCAACCCUCCUUGCUUCCUAGGUGGAGGACAUGUGACCCUAACUGUGGAAUAAUUAAAUCUGUAAUUAAACCUGGGGGUGGAUCUCUCCUCCCUCUAAAUUCUGUUCAGAGGCCAUGGCCUACCUAGGAAGCCAGUUUUUAUUUCUUUUUUAAAAUCAUCUUUUUUUAAAAAAAGAUUGAU